GUCUUUUUCUCUUAUUUCCACCAGAUGUCCAACAGCAGCUCCAUCACCCAGUUCCUCCUCCUGGCUUUCACAGACACACGGGAGCUGCAGCUCUUGCACUUCUGGCUCUUCCUGGGCAUCUACCUGGCUGCCCUCCUGGGCAACGGCCUCAUCAUCACCACCAUCGCCUGUGACCACCACCUCCACACUCCCAUGUACUUCUUCCUCCUCAACCUCUCCAUCCUCGAUGUGGGCUUCAUCUCCACCACUGUCCCCAAAUCAAUGGCCAAUUCCCUCUGGGACAACAGAGCCAUUUCCUACAGAGGAUGUGUGGUCCAACUCUUUGUUUUAUUCUUUUUCAUUUCAACAGAGAUAACCCUUCUCACGGUCAUGUCCUAUGACCGCUACGUUGCCAUCUGCAAACCCCUGCACUACGGGACCCUCCUGGGCAGCAGAGCUUGUGUCCACGUGGCAGCAGCUGCCUGGGGCGCUGGGUUUCUCAAUGCUCUGCUGCACACGGCCAAUACCUUUUCCCUGCCCCUCUGCCAGGGCAAUGCUGUGGACCAGUUCUUCUGUGAAAUCCCACAGAUCCUCAAGCUCUCCUGCUCACAGUCCUACUUGAGGGAGGUUGGGCUUCUUGUGGUUGGUGUCUGUUUAUCUUUUGGCUGUUUUGUUUUCAUUGUGGUGUCCUAUGUGCAGAUCUUCAGGGCUGUGCUGAGGAUCCCCUCUGAGCAGGGACGGCACAAAGCCUUUUCCAUGUGCCUCCCUCACCUGGCUGUGGUCUCCCUGAUUGUCAGCACUGGUCUGAUUGCCUACUUGAAACCUCCAUCCACCUCCUGCCCAUCCCUGGACCUCGUGGUGUCAUUACUGUAUGCGGUGGUGCCUCCGGCAGUGAACCCCCUCAUCUACAGCUUAAGGAAUCAGGAGUUCAAGGAUGCCGUAGGCAAACUGCCCCAAAGGACGCUGUUUCACCGACAAUAA